UUGAAGGGCUUCGAGACCGAAAAUCGCUCGUUAAGAUGUGGAAUAUAUUUACAUUAUUUACCCAAAGUGUCCGAUAGACUGUCAUAAAAUUCUGGAAUCAUUGAGUUUUCGGCCCACAAAUCGACUCGGCGCCGUUGACGGUGCAUGGUGAUGAUCAUAGAAGCAGUGUUUGAAACAAUUUUCCCUAACAACAUGUGGACCAAAGCUUCACAAGAGGCGUCGUAACGAGUGUUUUAAGAUAAAGUUUUCCGCCUCUCUGAGAAGUUAUGAUUUUCACUCGACUCCGAAAUGGUAGCCAAGCUAAGCGACAGCCUUCGUACAAAGGCCAAAAUACAGCGUUGGAGGACACAACCGGGAAGCAAAGGAAGGAAAGCAACACCCAUGACAAGUACACGAGAACUCUUACUUGCGAACCUCAUCAACAGAAGGACGUUUGGCCUUCUAGUGGGGUGUUGUGCAUUCCUCGUCGCAAUCUCAAUCUUGUCGCAAAUGGCCAAUGAACCUUAUCACCUGUGGUACGCCCGUGUUAGACCCUUCACCUUCUUUUGGGAACGAUUACGCGAAAGGAGGGAAACAGCAGUACCAUUUUGCCACGGGAUGCUAAAAAAAAAUAAGUUUGACAUAAAAAAUGCAUUGAAAUACAUGAAAAAUAACACAAAGGUGUUCAUCCCUACAGCGAAUUUCGCUCAAAUGGAAAAGACAGACUGUGAAGUAUUUCGACCAGCAAGUGGAUAUGCUCAUCGACCUUUAUCAGAAAAGGAAGCCAAAUUUCCACUAGCGUAUAGCAUCAUGAUGCACAAGGAUGUCGAACAAGUCGAAAGACUACUCAGGGCGAUUUACAUGCCUCAGAACUAUUACUGCAUUCACGUUGACCGAAAAUCACCCAGUGCUGUCCACAGGGCGAUGAGGAACAUUGCCCAAUGUUUUCCCAAUGUGUUCAUAGCAACACGUUUGGUUGACGUCAGGUGGGGAAUGUUUUCAAUGCUGCAAGCGGAUUUCAACUGCAUGAAGGACUUGCUACGAUAUGAUGACUGGCGUUAUUUCAUCAAUCUCACAGGCCAGGAAUUCCCCUUGGUCUCAAAUCCCGAACUCGUGAAAGAUCUCAAGAAAUUGAACAACACUAAUUUUAUUCACAGUUGGCGAGAAACACGCGAAGAAUUCCUUUUGAGAACAAAAUACAGAUGGAGAAACAACCGCCGGACGAAUAUGAAGAAAGGGAAGCCGCCUUAUAACAUAGUCAUCAUGAAAGGCUCGCUCCACAAUUUCCUCACACGAGAUUUUGUGCACUACGUCAUCAAUAACGCCGUAUCGCUUCAGUUUCUGAAAUGGUUGGAAGACACGUGGGCACCGGAAGAGACGUUUUUUGCUUCUUUACAAUACAACAAACAUCUCAAAGCUCCUAGGUGCCACCCAGCUUCUCCGCGUGGUCCAAUCAAAUUCGACUUCCGAUACGUUGUGUGGCGAGGCGGGAAAAACGUCUGCGCGGGAAAGUGGGUGCGGGACGUCUGUGUGGCGGGAGUUGGUGAUCUACACAAGGCAAUGAAAAGCAAUGGAUUGUUUAUCAAUAAACUUCACCUCAGUUUCCAACCUCUUGCGCUUGAUUGUCUUGAGGAAUACCAUAGGAACUUGACAAUGCGGUCAGUAAAUAAAAAAUUCGAGCGCAACGUUACAUCAGAUUACAACGGCACGAUCCUGACGACGCUUUAAUAAUAAAUAAUAAAUUGUGCGUCAUAUUUAAAGGGAGCUAUUAGACCCCAGGACGAGUAUGACGCGAAAAUAAUUUAACAUAGGACAAAUAGCCACUCGGCCAAUUAUUUCAACCACAGGUCGAGUAGACGGUGAACGUCAAGCCUAAAGUUUCCUCCUUUCAAGGAUACCACAACGCCGGUAGAUGGGCAUGGCCUAGUAACAACCCAAUGAUAAUCAGGGACCUGCCAGUGUUUCUACAACAAUCAGAAAUUUUGAAAGAAAUACUGUUUCUGGCAUUUUCGACAUGGACAUUCUUUGGUGCUUUUUUAACUACAAGAAAAAUAAGAUCAGUCAGACACGUGAAAUUUCUUACCCACAUAUCGGUACCUAUA